AUGGAGUCAGCCAUUAAGACACUGGUGACCACAUUUAUUAGUUGCAGCAAAGGCAAGGAAAGUAUGGAUGGGAAGUCCUUUCAGAAGAUGGUGAAGAAUCACCUCGGUGGUGUUAUGGAGGACGCAAACAGCUCAGCGGCCAUCAAGGAGAUGCAGAACGGCCUGGACGAGAACAGAGAUGGAAGGGUUGGCUUUCAGGAAUACCUCACUCUGAUUGGCUACAUUGCCAAGGCGGUCAGCGACAGCAAGUGCAAUCAAGCUGCAACCAAUGCAGCAGCGUCAUAG